AUGCCCAGAACCACAACCACCGCCCGCCACAGCCCGCCAAAAGAGCCCACACCCCGGCCCUCUCUCCUCACCCAGAGCCCGAACGCACACCCACCCCCGAACUCCACCCAAUCGUCCACUCCCCCCCUCCGCCUCCCUCCGCACUUCACCACCCUCGGCGCCGGCCUCCUCCACGCCACGCACCCCCGCGAGCCGCCAGCAACCCUCCACACCCACCUCCUCGGCGCGCCGCCGUCCCGCCUGGCAAACAGGGACCGCCCCAAGACGUGGUGGCGCGCGCAGUGCCUGCUGUACGGGCUCGACGCGCCAGAGAAAGCUACUAUCGCCCGCUUGCGCGGCACGCUGCAGCGGGCGCUGCGGAGCGCGGGGGGGGCUGCGCGUGCCAAGGGAGUUGGCGGAGGUGGAGGAGAGGCGGUUUCGGGCGUUGAAUGCGGGGAGGAGGGAGCGUGCUGCGAGGAGUGA